AUGGACGGCUCGCGAGACAUGUGCGACAAGCGGGCGUCUCUCUGCGGCGGCCUGCAGGGGGCCCCCGCGCGUCGGUUUCUGCACGGAAAAGUCGAAAAAAUACUUUUUGUGAGUCCCCUUGUCUUGGGCGCCAAAGCUCUCUCCGCGAAGAGAGACUUCUCCGCGCGCCACCUGUUUUCUCUCCCCCGACGUCGCUCUUUCUUGCUCCUCCGCCGCGCCAAGAUGAGUCAUCUUCUGAAUCCCCCCAUCAUCCUCUUGAAGGAGGGCGUCGACACCUCCCAGGGCCGCGGGCAGAUCAUCAGCAACAUCAACGCCUGCCAGGUCGUCGCCGACAUCGUCCGCUCGACGCUGGGCCCUCGUGGCAUGGAUAAGUUGAUUCACACAGAGAACGGCGUGACGAUUAGCAACGACGGCGCGACGGUCGUUUCGCUUCUGAACGUCGUUCAUCCUGCGGCGUCUCUUCUGGUCGAUAUCGCGAAGGCGCAGGAUGACGAAGUCGGCGACGGCACUACCUCUGUGGUGCUGCUUGCCGCGGAGUUCCUCGAGGCUGCCAAGGGCUUCAUUGAAGGCGGCAUGGCGCCGCAAAUCCUCAUCAAGGGAUACGCGUCAGCCUGCCAAAUGGCCGUCGAGCGCAUCGGCGAGCUCAAGAUCGACCUGUCCAGCACUCCCGCGGACGAGAAGCGCGCGCUGCUGGAGCGCUGCGCCCAGACGACGCUGAACUCGAAGUUGGUCUCGGGUCACAAGGAUUUUUUUGCUAAGAUGGUAGUUGACGCGGUUUCGAUGCUGGACGAGUCGCUCGACAAGGAGAUGAUCGGCGUCAAGAAAGUCACCGGCGGUUCCUACACCGACAGCUUCGUAGUGCAGGGCGUCGCGUUCGCCAAGACCUUCUCCUACGCAGGCUUUGAGCAGCAGCCGAAGAAAUUCGAGAACGCGAAAAUCCUUCUUCUCAACCUCGAGCUCGAGCUCAAGGCUGAAAAAGAAAACGCCGAAGUCCGCCUGAAGAAUCCGGAUGAAUACCAGUCCAUCAUCGAUGCCGAAUGGGAGAUCAUCUACGAGAAGCUCGACAAGAUCCGCGACAGCGGCGCACAGGUCGUCCUCUCCCGCCUGCCUAUCGGAGACCUGGCGACGCAGUACUUCGCGGAUCGCGACAUCUUCUGCGCCGGCAGAGUCGACGAGGGCGACAUGAAGCGCACCGCGCGUGCGACUGGCGCGAAGAUUCAAACGACCGUCAGCAACAUCACGCCCGACGUCCUCGGUACGUGCGGCACCUUUGAAGAGCGCCAGAUCGGCGCCGAGCGAUUCAACCUCUUCAUGCACUGCCCACAGACGCGAUCGUCGACGAUUAUUCUCCGCGGCGGCGCGCACCAGUUCCUGGAGGAGGCCGAGCGCUCGCUGAACGAUGCGGUGAUGAUUGUCCGCAGAGCUAUGCAGACGCAGACCGUCGUCGCCGGAGGAGGCGCGAUCGAGAUGGAGCUUUCGAAGCACCUCCGCGAAGUGAGUCAAGGCAUUUCCGGUAAGCAGCAGCUGGUCGUGCGCGCCUUCGCUCGCGCGCUGGAGUGCAUUCCGAGGGCCCUGGCUACCAACGCGGGCUACGACGCGACAGACAUCCUCAACAAACUCCGCCACAAACACGCACAAGGCAAGGGUGAGACGCAGUGGUACGGCGUGGACUGCAUCAACGGAGGUGUCUGCGACGCGAUGAAGGAGUUCAUCUGGGAGCCUGCGCUGGUGAAGGAGAACGCGCUCGCUGCGGCAACUGAGGCGGCGUGCAUCAUUCUGUCGAUCGACGAAACCAUCAAGCAGCCGAACCCGAACGACAAGAAGGGGGGACCUCAGAUGCGCAUGCCGCCCAAGAGGAGGUGA